UAAAGCUGAAAAUGCAAUGAAAGAUUUAACUCUCGAUGCCUUGAACCGGAAAUUUAGCUCUACAGUCUGGUUCAUUUCAAUAUCAACGCCUACAACAUAUGAUAUCUCCUAAACUGACUGAUCCGCUGCGGGAUCCAUUCCUGGGGUCGACAAGGCCGAGCUUCCACCCUUCUUCUUUAUCAGCGUUCGCUCUGCACUCGGAUGAGUUAUUUCCCUAUGUCUCUAUCAUUAGAAUCAAAAGUUAUGUCAACCGUCAGCCUCGUUUUAGUAAUGGUCGCCUGCUCAUGUGCACAACCAGACCGAGGCUUUGAAUAUUUCUUCACUGAUAAUGACUUGGAGAUGGACAACAUAAAGUUGAAGUUCGACCGGGAGGGUUAUGAGACGCCAUCUUGGGUCAGGGGAACUUACGUAAGAAAUGGGUUUGGACUCUUCGGUGUUAACAAGAGGAAGGUUCUGCACAUCUUCGACGCCUUGGGAAAAUUGACGAAAUUGGACUUCACGAACGACGGGGUAUUCUUCUCAACUAAGUUUAUCAGAUCUCAUUUAUACAACGAUUCGAUGUCAAAACAUGACAUCGCACCAUAUUUGAUGUUUCAGGGCGUUGACCCAGAUUUCAACCCUUUGCAAAAGGUGGAGGCACUGUUGCAUGGACUUGACAACAUGAAUAUUAAUGUGCAUCGAUAUAACAAGGAUUACGUUGUCGAAAAUGACUUUUGGCGCCUUUAUCAAUUUGACCUUGAAACCUUGAAUGUCACACGUCGCUAUACUCCGCAAGUACCCAAUUUCGGGACUAUGGAUAAUUUCUUUUCGUUAAUUUCGUCUGCGCAUCCACUGCCAGAAUUUGGGACACAAAAUCUUGUGAGCUACGUCACAACUGUUGAGGUAGGCCUGCAGGAUUAUGGACACUGCGUCAUCAGUUUGUGUCGUCUGCCGAAUGUCAAUGACAGGGAAUUGAUCUCAAGAUGGAAACUUGAUAGAAUACCGUACAUGCAUUCAUUCGCCGCCACGAAAAACUAUACAGUUUUGUUUGUCGGUCCGCUUUUUGUUGACAUAACAAAACUCAUCAGAACAGUCAAUCCAUCUCAUAGUCUCGAUUGGCGCGGAAGUGACGCAACAGAGAUCUUCGUGACAGAUAUCAAAAGCGGAUUCACAAAAUCUACCAAACAAAUGACCGGGUUUACAAUGCACCAUAUCAACGCCUUUGAAGAAAAUGGCCGACUUAUCAUGGACGCUGUGACGUAUCCCAACAUCGAUUUCCUCCAUAGCCUCCAGGUGUCUGUGCUGCGCAACAAAACGCAGCGAGAUGCGAAGAUUCCGUCCACGUCUACACUGAAUCGUUUCAUUUUAGAUCUGCACACGAUGAGACUGGACGUUUUAGAACACAAUACCACAAAGGGUUACGAGUUUUUAAACCGCCUGGACCUGCCUUCCAUCAACGAGAACUUCCGUUACAAACCAUAUUGCUUCGUUUAUGGCAACGUCAUCAAAAGUGACAAAGUCAGCGUUGGCAACGUCACACUGGUAAAGAAAGAUCUUUGUAACAAGGGUGGCGAUACAGUUUGGUCCGAAUUGAAUCAAUACCCGUCGGAAGCUUGGUUUAUCCCAAAACCUGGCUCCACAGUGGAGGAUGAUGGGCUUCUCAUUUCGAUCGUCCUGGAUGGUUAUACGAAAACGAGUUAUUUGCUUCAUCUUGAUCCAAAAACAAUGAAAACCAUAUCAAGGGCAUAUAUGCCAACUUUCGUUCCAUGGACUAUUCAUGGUCGGUUUUUCACUUAACCCAGUGUGAUCCUUCGAUCAAACUUUUGUCUGUCCCAAGGUACGCUACCUGACUUAAGAACUACAAUAAUCGACGCACGCAAGCUAAUUGCUAAAGUCACCAAAGCACCGUGAUGGUGUAGCUAAAGUGUGUGCCGAAUCCGAGCUGACAGUCGAAAGAGCUCCACCUGAACGAUGUUUUAUGAGUUAAAUUUAACUACUCCAUGGCCAUCAUUACUCCAGUUACCCCCACCCACCACCUUAAUCUACGACUGCCCUUUUACUACACGCAUCUGCCCAAAGAAGUCUAAUCUACAAACGGUUAUCCUUCUCAAAUGAGAGACUUUCAACUCUGAUAUGAGUUUCGGGUCACUUUCCUAUUCCACUGAUAACAUGUGACCCAUCAUUGGCACCAAAUCGAGUAUAGUAUCAAAGUUAAAAGGCCUAGUAUUACGCAGUCACUGAGUGACAAUAUCAAAUUCUAAAAGUGUAUACCAUGGCGUAAUCCAGACAAAAGUCCGAUACCGUAACGCCUACCUUUUAUAAAAGGAAUAGAGGACUCCGCAUAGAAUUUAAAAAGCAUCGUCUCAGCCAUAUUUAUCGCCUGAUUGACUACCAGUACAUGUAUAUUGGAUCUGGCAACAUUAGCAGAAGCAGAGUUAUAAAAGUUAAUAUACAGCAACAUUGAAUUAACUUAUUUGAUACUGAUUUAGAUACAUUUUUAUUCGUGGUAAAACGGAGUGCAGUGGAGUCUCCAGGCCAUUUAAAACUGACAAGCCUAGUGAGUUUGGCGACAAAUAUUAUUGUCCUUAGAUGUAUAAUUGACAAAACAUGAUAUAGGUGUAGCAAUUUUAAAAGCCUUGCAUCAAAUUCCGUUAUCUCGCACCCAGGGUUAAUACAUCUGGAAUACACGUGUCUAUC